AUGGUUGAUAAAGAAACUUCAAGAGUUUCCAGCCUUUGGUCCCUUCAAUACACCUAUCAGGCAAUCAGAAACCACACCAGCAUCGCUGAUUUCCUGCUCCUGGGCUUCUCUGAACACCCAGAGCAGCUGCCUCUCCUGUUUGGCCUCUUCCUGGGCAUGUACCUGGUGACCGUGUUGGCGAACCUGCUCAUCAUCCUGGCCAUAGUUGCUGACCAGCACCUCCACACCCCCAUGUACUUCUUCCUGGCCAACCUGUCCCUCAUCGAUACCUGCUUCUCCUGCACCAUUGUCCCCAAGGUGCUGGUGAACAUCCUCACACAACACCACACCAUCUCCCACACUGGGUGCCUCGUGCAGAUGUACUUCUUCAUGGCACUGGCCCUGCUGGACGACUUCCUGCUGGCCGUGAUGGCAUAUGACCGCUACGUGGCCAUCUGUCUUCCUCUCCACUACACCACGAUCAUGUGUCCCCAACGCUGCCUGCUGCUGGUCGCCGCAUCCUGGCUCUGCGCCCACCUCCUGGCCUUCUCCCUCACCCUCCUCAUGUCUCAGUUCUCCUUCUGUGCCUCCCAUUCCAUCCCACACUUUUUCUGUGACCUUCUCCCUCUCCUCAAACUUGCCUGCUCAGACACCCAGCUCUUUCAGGUCAUGAUGUUUGCUGAAGCAGCCCUCUCGGGCGUGGUCCCACUCGCCUGUGUCCUGGUCUCUUAUGCCCACAUCAUGCACACCAUCCUCAGGGUCCCCUCGGCUGCAGGGAAGCACAAAGUCUUCUCGACCUGUGGCUCUCACCUGACAGUGAUCACUCUCUUCUAUGGGACGCUUUUUCUGGUGUAUUUCCAGCCCUCAUCCUCCUACUCAGCAGACACUGGAAUGGUGGCAUCUGUGGUAUAUACGAUGGUCACCCCCAUGCUGAACCCCUUCAUCUACAGCCUGAGGAACAGGGACAUGAAAGGGGCUCUGUGGAGGCUCUCAGGCUGGGGAAGAUGA